AUGCCCAAAGACCGUAAUAACGCAUCAAACCCGACUUUAGGUUUAAACCAGAGUUUGUGCAAUCAGGUGUACUGUACUUUACUUACUUGGAAAACACCAAAAGUUUUCAAUGUAAAUAGUAAGUAUGCCGCUCGUCUACUCGGCGCACCGCUGCACAACGCAACGCAGGACAAGCGCGAAAUCUCUCUCUCCGCGCGUUUGUGCGCUUGCAAUAUCAGAAUCAUGGUCGUGCAGCUGGCUCGUGGCAAGGAGCAUGUUUUGGUUGGUGGUAAGCUGAGGCUGAUAUACUUAAGUACGUACACCCACAUGCACACUCACACCUACGCCUACACCUACGUCUAA